AUGAGUACUUAUUCACAUUUCAGUCUGAUGUUUGGAUUGGAGAAUUCUUUUAAGGGGAGGAAGAGUUUCAAUCGGGAAUUUAAUUUGAUUUUAUUGAACUACCCCUCUGAUGAUUUCCAAGCCUUAGAGUGGACAAUGGGCAGAGGGGUGCAGAUCAUCAGGCUCGCCAGGAAACGUAUUAAUUUGGACAUGAUAAAAUGA